AUGAGUGGAGAGAGAUCCAGCGGCAAGGAGCACCGGAGGCCGAGCAGCUGUAGCAGAGCACAGUACACUCGUAACUGCCAGCGAUUAACAGCAAACUCUUUCGCUUUCGUGGGAACAGGAAGGAGAGAAGCGCAUUUUCAGUCCUUUAAUCCCCGUAGAUUCUCAUUUCUCAAUGGACUCACCACCAUCUCAGUCAUCCCUACCCCAGUCGUCCCCAUCCCAGUCAUCCCCAUCCCAGUCAUCCCCAUCCCAGUCGUCCCCAUCCCAGUCAUCCCCAUCCCAGUCAUCCCCAUCCCAGUCAUCCCCACCCCAGUCGUCCCCAUCCCAGUCAUCCCCAUCCCAGUCAUCCCCACCUCAGUCAUCCCCACCCCAGUCAUCCCUAACCCAAUCAUCCCCAACCCAAUCAUCCCCAACCCAGUCAUUCCCACCCAGUCAUCCCCACCCCAGUCAUCCCCAACCCAGUCAUCCCCAUCCCAGUCAUCCCCACCCCAGUCAUCCCCACCCCAAUCAUCCCCAACUCAGUCAUCCCCACCAAGUCAUCCCCACCCAGUCAUCCCUACCUCAGUCACCCCCACACCAGUCAUCCACAUCUCAGUCAUCCCCACCUCAGUCAUCCCCAACCCAGUCAUCCCCACCCUAGUCAUUCCCACCCAGUCAUCCCCACCAUAUUCAUCCCCUCCCCAGUCAUCCCCACCUCAGUCACCCUCACCCCAGUCAUUCCCACCUCAGUCAUCCCCAUCCCAGUCAUCCCCACCUCAGUCAUCUCCAACCCAUCAUUCCCACCCAGUCAUCCCCACCCCAGUCAUCCCCAACCCAGUCAUCCCCACCCCAGUCAUCCCCACCCCAGUCAUCCCCAACCCAAUCAUCCCCACCCCAUUCAUCCCCAUCCCAAUCAUCCCCACCCAGUCAUCCCCACCCCAGUCAUCCCCACCCCAGUCAUCCCCAACCCAGUCAUCCCCACCCCAGUCAUCCCCACCCCAGUCAUCCCCAACCCAGUCAUCCCCACCCCGGUCAUCCCCACCCCAGUCAUCCCCACCCCAGUCAUCCCCAACCCAGUCAUCCCCACCCCAGUCAUCCCCAACCCAGUCAUCCCCACCCCAGUCAUCCCUACCCCAGUCAUCCCCAACCCAGUCAUCCCCACCCCGGUCAUCCCCAACCCAGUCAUCCCCACCCCAGUCAUCCCCACCCCAGUCAUCCCCAACCCAAUCAUCCCCACCCCAGUCAUCCCCAUCCCAAUCAUCCCCACCCAGUCAUUCCCACCCAGUCAUCCCCACCCAGUCAUCCCUACCUCAGUCAUCCCCACCCAGUCAUUCCCACCCAGUCAUCCCUACCUCAGUCACCCCCACACCAGUCAUCCACAUCUUAGUCAUCCCUACCCCAGUCAUCCCCAACCCAGCCAUCCCCACCUCAUUCACCCCCAUCCCAAUCAUCCCCACCCCAGUCAUCCCCAUCCCAAUCAUCCCCACCUCAGUCAUCCCCAACCCAAUCAUCCCCAACCCAGUCAUCCCCAUCCCAAUCAUCUCCAACCCAGUCAUCCCCAUCCCAAUCAUCCCCACCCCGGUCAUCCCCAUCCCAAUCAUCCCCACCUCAGUCAUCCCCAACCCAAUCAUCCCCAACCCAGUCAUCCCCAUCCCAAUCAUCUCCAACCCAGUCAUCCCCAUCCCAAUCAUCCCCACCCCGGUCAUCCCCAACCCAGUCAUCCCCAUCCCAAUCAUCCCCAACCCAGUCAUCCCCAACCCAGUCAUCCCCAACCCAGUCAUCCCCAUCCCAAUCAUCCCCACACCAGUCACCCCCACCCCAGUCAUCCCCAACCCAGUCAUCACCACGCCAGAACCGAUGCCAUGA